AUGCCGCACUUCCAAAAACCAGCUAGUAUUCAGUACCAAGAAGAGUCACAACACCACCCAAUUGGGCAGCAUUUACCAGCUUUUCUCGCUGCUUGCGGCACUAUCAGCGAAGCUAGUUCCGGCCCUUCGUCAUCCGAUGCUCCUGUCAAAGAUGCUGCUAUCGCUCUGCGCACUCCAGGGCCUUUUAUCGAAGGCCAAUCAACCCAGCAAUCAGCGAUUACACAAAUUUCAGAGGUUUUACGCCCCCCACCAACGCGUCUCGCGAUGGUCACCAGUCCUGCUGGCCGUUUGUUUGCUUGGCGUCGACAGCGAGGCGUCCCAUCGGUGGCACAAAGGUCUACUGGGGACGCGAUGGGUGCGAAUUUGACUCCAUCUAUUGGAGUUUCUCGACGCCCAGUUAUUCAGCAUCAGUUGGCAAUUGGAAAUCAACUCUAUCAGAAUCGCCAGGAUGCAUCCUCCCGGAGCAAGAGGACCAGUGGCCUCAGACGUUCUAGUGCUGCCGUAACAGCGCAGACAAAUGCUACUGGUGCCCCGCGAAGGGCUGCUUAUCUCUGUCGGUAA